AUGCAGGCACCGAUCCAGUCCUCUCGGCCUCAGAGCUUUGACGAGAUUUACGGCCCCCCAGAGAAUUUCCUAGAGAUAGAGGUCAAAGAUCCACAAACACAUGGCUUCGGGCGUGGCAUGUAUACAGAUUACGAGGUUGUUUGCCGUACCAAUAUCCCAGCCUUUAAGAUCCGAUCCUCCAGUGUCCGUCGCCGUUACAGCGAGUUUGAGAAGUUUCGCGAAAUCCUUGAACGGGAGUCCUCGCGUGUGACUAUCCCACCGCUCCCAGGAAAGGUAUUCACCAACCGCUUCUCAGAUGACGUUAUCGAGCACCGUCGGGAGGGUCUGCAGCGGUUCCUUCAGAUCGUAGUCGGCCACCCGUUACUCCAGACGGGAUCUAAAGUUCUUGCUUCGUUUGUCCAGGCUCCGACAAGGCUAAAUGGGGGAGGGUAUCUGAUGGAUGGGUUCUUAGGGGAUACUAAUCCUCCUAGGCUUAAAAAGAAGUCUGACGGUGAUACUGAGGAAACAACAACAGCUGGUACUGAGGAAACAGACAAGAAGGUUUAG